UAUAACCGAGUUGCCCUGAGUUAAACGGGAUGAGACAAUCGAGCAGGUGUACGUGUGAUGGUUGAUGCCCUCCAUGAUUGGCGGAUUUGCUAUUGAAGACGACACAUUCCCAGUCACUGUUUACCACGUGUUGAAACUGUAGUUUAAGGUCGACUUAAGUUUUGGACGUAUUUUCUCGCCACCAACAGUUAGCCCUAGCUUAACUUUAGCCUCAAUGAUAGCGCAAAACGGCACGCCGGAAGUCCAUUCCUGACGAGGAGGCGUACAAAAUGACUUGAGGGCGUAGAUUUACUAGUGGUUAAUGAAGCACCAACCAGCUAAGAAGAUAUAAAAAUUAAUUGUACUUACCAGCAGGCGAAUCGUUCCCCUGUUGGCUGUAGUGGCUGACAAAGUCCACACACCCCCCAGCAUCAAGCUAACAGUCCGACCUGUUGCUCCACUGAAAGAGCCAAAUUGACCAUCAAACUCAUGACGAUUGCCCAGGUGCCUGAGGAAAGCAGCAGACCAUUGAAUCCCAGGCAACCAGUGUUUCCAAAGCCAGGUCGCCACAGAAGGCCCAUGACGGCUCCAAAGACUCAGAAAGACAAGGCGUCUAAGAGGAAGAGAGUGCUGCUGACUGUCCUCACAGUUGUGGUGUUACUGGGCAUACUGGUAACCGCAGCAUACUUCAUUAAGCAGCUGAUUGACAGCAAGUAUUUCUUCUGCAAGCGUUCAGUGAGGUUCAUCCCAAUAGACCAAGCGUGUGACGGGAAUGACGACUGUGCUGGAGGAGAGGAUGAAAUUACCUGUGUGACAAGCUUUACGGUCAACACUACCUUUCCAGUGCGCCUCACGUCAGCUCAGCAUGUCCUACAGGUGUACAGUCCUGGCUUAGGUUGGCGGAGUGUGUGUGGUGAUGACUGGACCCAGCAGCACACACAGACAGCAUGUAAACAACUGGGAUACACAUAUAAACCUCGUAGCACCAGCGUCCCAGUGGACACUUUAAUACCCUCUCUAAAAACUGGACCAUUCACAGCUGUCAGGCCCGGGACUACGACCACACCUGUACAUCUGGCUACCGCUGACCGCAGUAUAUGCAGAUCCGGAUCUGUGGUAUCUCUAUCCUGUUCAGACUGUGGACAGGUGGGCUCUCAGGACCGUAUUGUCGGGGGUACAGAUGCUUUCAUUGAAGACUGGCCCUGGCAGGUUAGCUUGCAGCAAGGAGGCCAGCAUGUAUGUGGAGGCUCACUGGUGUCACCAAAUUGGGUUGCCACUGCUGCUCACUGCUUUGCUGGUAGUAAAAAGGAGCUGAGUCGCUGGAGGGUGGUGUCAGGCCGGACUUACAUGGGCACACUGGGAGGUUCCUAUGUGGACAGGAUCAUAAUGAACGGGGACUACGAUCCAGCCCGAAAUGAUUAUGACGUAGCACUCAUGAGACUCAGCAGCCCGAUCAGCGUGGGAGUGAGCCGUAGGCCGGUUUGUCUGCCUCCUAAAGCCUUUAACCUUCUUGCCGGGGACAACAUGUAUGUGACUGGAUGGGGAUAUCUGGAGGAAAACGGUAAGGUUUCACCUUCACUUCAGAAAGCCUCCGUCCCGCUGAUAGACCAGGCUAAGUGUUCCAGCCCGGCGGUGUAUGGGUCUGCCAUAACCCCAAGGAUGAUCUGUGCUGGUUACUUAGAGGGGAAAGUGGAUGCCUGCCAGGGGGACAGCGGGGGUCCUUUGGUGUACCUCACCUCCUCUCAAUGGCAUCUGGUAGGAGUUGUGAGCUGGGGCGUUGGCUGUGCCCGGGAGAGAAGGCCAGGUGUCUACUGCAACGUUGAAGAGAUGAUGAACUGGAUUCAUACAGUCAUUGAGAAAAACCCCUGAGUUCCUCCAUUGUGACAAGCAGCUACCACAACACUGCAGUCCAGCCCAACCGUGACGGACUGUGAAACUAAAAGAACGUGCUGGUUUCAAUGUGGUUCACUGACAAUAUGAGAGGGACGAAGCAAAAAAAAAAAAAAGGGGAGGCUGAAGAUCGAUCUCACCGGCGGUGCAUAACUGUUAAACACAACCAUAUGCAAAAGCACGGCUCACACGCACACAUUUCACACACACACACACAAAUUAUUUCAGGUUGGAUUUGUGCCAUUUCAGAUUUCUUAUCUCAGGGGACAGGUAUAUUUAUGUUAUGUGUAGCUGGCCGGUCUGGGAUGGUAUUCCACUUAUACAGUGUUGUAACGCUGUGGCAUCUAAUUCGCUGAUUCAUGCACUUUUUAAAAACAAGAAUAACAUCAAAAGAAAUCAGUUGCAUUGACAUCAUGUUUUAGCAAUAACAAAGUGUUUUAACUGUGAAGACCAGACUGGCAGACAUAAUGUACUUGAUCAGGCUUCUAUGUUCUUUGGUUUUCAGAGUGCAGUGUAAUAUGAGGGUUCAUAUGGUAAACAGAGGUGACAGACAGGGUGAGGCUGUGCUAUACUAAAGCCUUCAGUCGUCAGAGUGAAGCCUCAGGUUGAUAUCACUAAUAAUGUAAAAGUGACGCCAAGUCCAGGAGUUAAAUCGUUUAUGGUGCCGAUUCAGUUGACCUGACGCGUGUCCAUAUUAAAGGGCAAAUGCACCUUUUUAUAGCACAGACGGUGUGCGUUCUUCACACAACACAUUGAUUAACACAAGCACUUUAAAUGGAAAGCGAGAAUUACUUGACCUUACUGUAUGUGCAGAUGAUUCAAGAAGUCUAAUAAUGCACUGAAGACUGGAACUCAGAACACGCUGGUAUGUGUUUAUUGUGUGGCCACGUUGAGGUUCAAAGUGCAAUCAGAUAUCCAGUGUGCCUCGGGGGCAGAAUGUUCAGAGUGUUGGCCACUGUGCCUUCACAGCUAGAAGUAUAUAAAUGUAAUUUGCUACAAUUUGAAAGUGAGCGAUGAGGAGUAGGAUAUGUACCUGUAUGCACUCAGGCAAAACCCUAUCAUUAUUUCUUCAGCAGUAAAAUCAAUCAGCCUUUAUUUUUGGUUUAUUUAUCAUUCUCUACUCUGUAUAGACAAAGUAAGCAUGCAUUCUGGAUUUAAAAGUAAAAAUGAACACAUUGUAUUAUACUGUAUGAUGUGAAAUAGUUGGACAUGGAUAGCAUUUCUUUUAAGGUUUGCAUUUAGUAUGGUGAGUGCUAUGGUGGCUGAUAAUAUGUAUGUACUGUAAAUACAGUAAAUAGGUUUUGUUUUUAUA